AUGGCUACCCUAAACUCCCUAAAGGAGGCAUUGAAGCAGAAAGCCACAGCAACGCCGUCCUUGAAACAGUCGUUGUCCGACACACAGUACAGCGCUGGCUUCGAUAUCUUGGCCCGGGGAUCAGAAUAUCAAGACUUCAUUAUUCCUCAACUAUCCCAGCUGCUAGACCCGCUCCUUAACUCGCGGGUCCGUAUUUCGGUGCUAGAGAUUGGACCUGGCCCAAAGAGCGUGCUUGGAUAUCUGCCCCGCGGUCUAAGACAGAAAAUCAAGAGUUACGCUGCCUUCGAGCCUAACGACUUGUUUGCUACAAGGGUGCAAGAAUGGCUUUGUCCUUCUUUGGAGACAGAGUCCCCGCUGCCCUGUCUGGCAGGCCCACCCGACAUCCAUCGAAUGCCAUUCGUCCUGAACAGCGACAUAGGACGCGGUGGCAGUAUCAGUACGAGUACUAGUGGUGAAAAGUUUGAUCUUAUCUUAUUCUGUCAUAGUCUGUACGGCAUGAAGCCCAGAGACAAGUUCAUUGAACAGGCACUGGACAUGCUUGUUGAGGCGCCCCAAGGCGGGAUGGUGGUAGUUUUUCAUCGCGAAGGGACCCUGCGUCUCAACAGAUUAGUGUGCCAUCGAACAGCUUGCUUCCCUGCCGGGAUUGUUCGCGUGAGAGAUGACGACGAAGUGCUGGACAACUUCGCUUCCUUCGUCGCGGGGUUUGUCAUGCAGGAUACAGAGGCGAACAAGGCUAUCCGAGUCGAGUGGCGAAAGGUGUGCCGCGCCUUGGGCUAUCAUGAAGAGGCUUACCCACACCAUCUCCUAUUUAACUCUCCCAACGUCAUGGCGGCCUUUACCAAACAUGCGACCUCGUUGCCGGAGUUAACGGCACGGGUACCGUUGGUGAAGGAUAAGAUUGUUAAGAACCGAGAGGCUUGCCUCCACGGUUCCGCUUCAAUUGUUAGGCCCACAGAGGUAUGGCAUGUUCAGCAGUGCGUUCAAUGGGCUCUGAAGCACAAUGUCAGUCUGACUGUCGUUGGCGGGGGUCACAGCGGCCACUGCCUAUGGCCCAACGUCGUCUCGGUCGAUAUGAGCGCUUUUGACCAAAUACACAUUCUCUCGGCUGGGAAAGAUGGAGAAUCCAGUUCUGAAUCCGAUUCCUUGGUUAUCGUUGAGGCCGGCUGCAAAACGGGGGAUAUCGUCCGCAAAACCAUGGCGGCUGGCCUAACCGUACCCCUGGGGGCCCGCCCAAGCGUAGGUGCGGGACUAUGGCUACAGGGCGGUAUUGGGCACCUGGCUAGGUUAUAUGGGCUCGCGUGCGACGCCAUCAUCGGUGCCGUGGUGGUCAGUGUCGACUCAAGCGAGGUUCUCUGCAUUGGCCGUGUACCAAGCAAACACCGCCCAGCCGGUGCCGUGCGCCCAAAAAACGACCUUGAUCUAUUAUGGGCAAUCAAAGGCGCUGGGACCAACUUUGGCAUCAUAGUCAGUGUUACCUUCAAGGCAUAUGUGGCUCCGGUCCACUUCGUUCGAAGCUGGGUUAUCCCGUUGCGUGACGACCUCGAGGCGCGGCGCAGACUGAGCGAUUUUGAUGAUCUCAUCGCCAGCAAGCUCCCACGCAACUGUUCUGCAGAUGCGUAUCUGUACUGGGAAUAUGAUCAGCUGCAUCUUGGCGUGACCAUGUUCGAAUCUUCCACGACUAGGCUUAUAUCUGAAACAUCCACGUCCACGCUCGCACCUGUGGACGCAGGCACAAUCUUCGGGAUCGAAGGCAAUUUCGAUAUUGUGGACGGCGUCGGUUUGUUCGAGGCCGAGAUGUACAUGUCCCAGAUGCACGGCGGACACGGCGGCUGCAAGACCUCUGCGUUCAAGCGAUGUUUAUUCUUAAAAGGUAUCGGAGCAGUGGAUGUCGCCAACACUUUAGCGACGGCCGUUAAGACUCGUCCUUCGCCAUUCUGCUAUGUCCAUCUGCUUCACGGUGGUGGAGCGGUCAGUGAUGUGGCGGCUGAUGCCACUGCUUUCGGUUGUCGAGACUGGGAUUUCGCCUGCGUGAUAACUGGUGUCUGGCUGCGCGAGCAAGACGGCACCGAGAUCGCCCAAGCUGCCGAGCGGUGGGUAUACAACGUUGCCAGGGACUUGUUGCCCUUUAGCAGCGGAGUUUACAGCGCAGACCUUGGGCCGGAUCCCAGAGACGCCAUCCUGGCGGAAAAGGCUUUUGGGCCGAACCGGCCGCGCCUGGCCCGUCUCAAGCACUGUUCGGACCCGCAUAACGUACUGGCUUACGCCUGUCCACUCCCGAAAACGCCGGUGGAGCAGAGGCUCAUCAUUCUUGUCACGGGUGACAGCUGCGCCGGCAAGGACUAUUGUGCCGAUAUCUGGGUCUCCACGUUCCUCUCUUACACCCAUAAAUCCCUCACGGCGCGUGUAGUCAGCAUUAGCGAUGCGACUAAACGAGAAUAUGCGACGGCCACUGGUGCCGACUUGAGCCGUCUGCUCUCGGACCGUACCUACAAGGAGCAGCACCGGCCAGCAUUGACGGCAUUUUUCCAGGAACAGGUGCGCCAUCGACCUCGGCUGCCAGAGGAGCAUUUCCUGAGUGUGGUGGACGGCGCUUCAGAUGUGGACGUGCUGCUAAUCACCGGGAUGCGAGAUGAGGCGCCGGUAGCAGCCUUUUCGCAUUUGGUGCCAGACGUCAGACUGCUCGAAGUUCGCGUUCAAGUUACCGAAGAGACGCGGCGGGCUCGCGGAGGGUGCCACGGCGGCGAUGACGAUGGUAACAACAAGGACAACGACAAUGGCAGGUUGAAUCAAAAGGCCGUGGAGUACCGCCCCUGUCUUAUCUUCCACAAUGAUACGACCGGAGUAAAGGCGGCCAAAAGGUUUGCCGAACACUAUCUGCUUCCCUUCUGCCACCAAGACCUGCAACGACUGGCCAACGUGGUGCGCCAGGUACCCGACUUUCCACGCCCGGGCAUCGAGUUCCGCCAUGUGCUCGACAUUUCCCAGCAGCCAGGUGGAUUGACUCUGUGCACAUCUCUGCUGCAGUCUCACUUUACCGGUGACUGGGGCAAAGUCGAUGUAAUAGCGUGUUGCGAGGUCGGCGGCUUCGUCUAUGCAUCGGCGCUAGCCUCACGGGUUGAUAUACCCUUGGCGUUGAUUCGCGAAGCCGGUAAGCUUCCCCCACCCACCCUUUCAGUCGUCAAGUCUCCAUCGAAUGUAUCGUCUUCAGCAUCCAACGGUUUGAAAGAGAAGAGCAUCGAGAUGGCCCGGAAUUUGAUCCCCAGAGGCGCGUCAGUGGUGGUGGUGGACGAUGUGCUCGCCACGGGGAACACACUGUGUGCGGUACUGCAGCUCUUAGAUAAAGCUGGCAUCGGUGCGCAAGAUAUUAGCGUCAUGGUCGUGGCCGAGUUCCCUGUUCACCGUGGCCGGGACUUUUUUGCGACGGCGUGGCUUUGGGGGAGUCAAGAUUCAAAGUCUUUUGGUCUUUGA